AGCACCACACACCACCGGCAAUCCGCCAUCGCCGACUAUACCCCACUCCAAUGUGAUGGUCACGCACAAUGCCGGAGAGUGAGAUUUAAUUUUCCCACGUAGGAUUUACACAUGGAAGCUGAGCUGCAUUUCCCAAUUUUGUGUUUUUAAGACAAUCAUUCAAUCCCCACUGAUUUCGCUUCACAAAAUCAAUCGACAACAACACAGGGAAGGAAUUAAAACACAAACAAAGUUUCCCCAAAUCAAUUUCCAUCCUCAGAGAGAGAGGGAGAGUCGUCGAUUUGCUUCAAUAAAUCUCUUUCUCUCUUCAAUUUUCUUCUUCUACACUUAACCGUAAUGGGUUUAUGGGAAGUUGUUCUCAAUUGGCUUCGAAGCCUCUUUUUCAAGCAAGAGAUGGAGCUCUCUUUGAUAGGGCUCCAGAAUGCUGGCAAAACUUCACUUGUUAAUGUUGUCGCUACUGGUGGAUAUAGUGAGGACAUGAUCCCUACGGUGGGAUUCAACAUGCGAAAGGUAACUAAAGGAAACGUGACCAUAAAACUGUGGGAUCUUGGAGGUCAGCCACGUUUUCGUAGCAUGUGGGAGAGAUACUGUCGUGCAGUUUCUGCCAUUGUUUAUGUUGUUGAUGCAGCAGAUCAUAAUAAUCUGAGCAUCUCAAAGAGUGAACUCCAUGAUCUGCUGAGCAAACCUGCCCUAAGUGGUAUCCCUUUGCUGGUUCUAGGCAACAAAAUUGACAAGGCUGGUGCCCUUUCCAAGGACGCGUUAACCGAUCAAAUGGGGUUAAGAUCUAUCACUGACAGAGAAGUGUGCUGCUAUAUGAUCUCGUGCAAGAACUCAACGAACAUAGACUCGGUGAUCGACUGGCUCAUUAAGCAUUCAAAAUCUAAAAAUUGAAGGAAAUGGAAAAGGGGCACCAGUUCUUGUACUCUUUAUGGGUUCAAGUCUGUGCAGUCUUUACUACCUGAAAAAGGUGGGAUUUUUUUAGUGUUUAUUUGCCAAUUGGUGCAAUUUGCAUGGUUGAUUUAUCUCUUCCAUUUUGUUUCUUGGUUGAUGUGUGUAUAUCUGAUAUGUUCUAGAGAAAGAUUGAAUGUUAGGGAUCGAUUAUUAUGUGGCUAUGAUGAGGUAUGAUUAUAUUUAUCAAUGUUUUCAAGAUU